AUGAACGAGUUCGCUCGCCUUUCCAAGCGGGCUGUGGACUAUCUGUGGGAUCGACAAGUCCACAACGAUGACCCCUCGCCGAUAUGCUGUCUGGGACGGACGUAUGACUCGCAGUACAACCAACAACGACCAUCCUCAGCUCCCGGAACCUCGCCCUCUGGAAAGUCAGACUCCGCCGUAUCUCAUGCUGACUCUGCCGUUGUGACUCAACCGUCACUCUCACCUCAGGAUGUCGCAGAUGAUGAGCUCGUCAAGAGCUUCGACCAAGUUCAGAUGUCUAAAUCCAUGGAAGAGGAGGAUCUAGGAUGGCCUGCAGAGUUCUUGGAUGAUUUCGAGUCCCGAUUCUGGCUGACGUACCGGAACGGCUUUCCACCUAUACAGAAAUCCUCRGAUCCUGCUGCGGCAACGAACAUGUCCUUUGCUACGAAGCUACGCAGCAUAGCAAACCAAGGUGCUUUCACGUCGGAUACGGGAUGGGGAUGCAUGAUCCGGAGUGGACAGUCUCUUUUGGCGAAUACAGUGGUCAUGCUCAGGCUGGGAAGAGAGUGGAGAAGAGGACAACAAGAGAAGGAACACUCCGAAAUCCUCUCUUUAUUUGCAGACACACCUGAGGCUCCGUUCUCAAUACACAAGUUUGUGGAACACGGUGCAAAGGCUUGUGGAACGUAUCCAGGCGAAUGGUUUGGGCCCAGUGCCACAGCCAGAAGCAUUCGCGCUCUUACAGAAACGUACCACGAUGUUGGUUUGAGAGUGUACGCAAGACCCAACGACAGCGACGUCUACAUCGACGCUMUCCUAGAGACAGCUUCACAACAUGACGCAGACGAGAAGUUCCAGCCGACUCUCAUCGUUCUAGGCAUCAGACUCGGUAUCGAGAAAGUCACGCACGCCUACCGUGCAGCCCUGAAGUCAGUGCUCGAACUCCCUCAGUCGGUCGGUAUCGCAGGUGGUAGACCUAGCAGCAGUCAUUACUUCGUAGGCCACCAAGGAGAUAAUUUCUUCUACCUGGACCCGCACACCACUCAACCCAUGCUAUCCCCACAACCUUCCCCAGAGGAUAUCGACACCUGCCACACCCGACGCAUUCGACGCAUCAACAUCGCCGAAAUGGAUCCCUCCAUGCUCCUGGGUUUUCUCGUCCGCUCCAAGGAGGAGUUUGAGGCUUGGCGCAAGGCCGUGACCGAUAUGCCCGGCAAGGCAAUCAUACACAUCCACGAUACGGAGCCAAAGUAUGCCACGGGUAACGAGCGUGCAAGUGCGGUUGACGAGGUGGAGACGAUGGAUGAUGAGGAUGAGAGUUGGUAG